AUGAACGGCGCCCAAUUCACAGACCGGGCUAACAAGGCCUUGCUGGAUUCCAGCGCGUUGGCCGAACAAUACGCCCACUCCCAACUCCUCCCGAUUCACCUCGCAGUUGCCCUGCUUAACCCUUCCCAAGACGACAAUGGAGACCAGCAACCAGUCGGCCAUUCCUCACACGAUUCUGCUUCGAUCCCACUAUUUCGCCAGGUGGUGGAGAAAGCACAUGGUGACCCGCAACUGUUGGAUCGGUCCCUCAUGAAACUACUGGUCCGCCUGCCCAGCCAAGAUCCUCCUCCAGAGUCUGUCAGCGUCUCUCCAGCGCUCGCCAAGGUGAUCCGAUCGGCUACCGAUUUAUCCAAAACACAGAAGGAUAGUUUCGUAGCUAUUGAUCACUUGAUUCAAGCUGCCUGUCAAGACUCACAGGUCCAACGCGCUUUGGCCGAUGCCAAUAUCCCCAAUGUCAAAUUGAUCGAUACCGCUGUUCAACAAAUUCGUGGUACCAAGCGUGUGGACUCCAAGACUGCGGACUCAGAGAGUGAAAAUGAGAACCUGAAGAAGUUUACCAUUGAUAUGACUUCACUGGCGCGCGAGGGAAAGAUCGACCCCGUUAUUGGUCGUGAAGAGGAAAUCCGCCGUGUUAUUCGUAUUCUGAGUCGACGAACCAAGAACAACCCAGUCCUCAUUGGUGAACCCGGUGUGGGUAAGACUACCAUCGUUGAGGGACUAGCUCGCCGCAUUGUCAACGCGGAUAUUCCAGCCAACCUCGCCCAGUGCCGACUCCUUUCUCUCGAUGUCGGCUCUUUGGUGGCUGGUAGCAAGUUCCGUGGCGAGUUUGAAGAACGAAUGAAGGGCGUCCUCAAAGAGAUCGAAGACUCCAAGGACACAGUUGUUCUUUUCGUUGACGAAAUUCAUCUUCUCAUGGGUGCUGGAUCCAGUGGUGAGGGUGGUAUGGAUGCAGCAAACCUUCUCAAGCCAAUGUUGGCUCGUGGACAGCUGCACUGUAUCGGUGCGACUACCCUGAGUGAAUACCGCAAGUACAUUGAGAAGGACCAGGCCUUCGAGCGUCGAUUCCAGCAAGUCCUCGUCAAGGAACCCUCUGUGCCGGAGACGAUCUCAAUUCUGCGUGGUUUGAAGGAGAAGUACGAGGUUCACCACGGUGUCAAUAUUCUUGAUGGUGCCAUUGUCACCGCCGCCACUCUGGCAUCCCGAUAUUUGACUGCGCGUCGCCUUCCUGAUUCCGCUGUUGAUCUAAUUGAUGAAGCUGCUGCUGCCGUUCGUGUGACCCGAGAAUCCGAGCCCGAGGCCCUAGACACCCUCGAGCGCAAGUUGCGCCAGCUUCAGAUCGAAAUCCAUGCACUGGAGCGUGAAAAGGAUGACGCCUCUAAGAGCCGACUGGAAGCUGCCAAACAAGAAGCUGCCAAUGUUGCCGAAGAGCUACGUCCCAUGCGAGAGAAGUACGAAAGCGAGAAGCAGCGCAGCAAGGAGGUUCAAGAUGCCAAGAUCAAGUUGGACUCCCUCAAGGUCAAGCGUGAUGAAGCAGAGCGCUCUGGUGACACCGUGACUGCUGCCGAUCUCGAAUACUACGCCAUUCCUGAGACCAAGGCUCUUAUUGAACGUCUUGAGAUUGAUCGUGCCAGAGCAGAUGCUGAACGUCGCGCCAAUCAUGGAGAGGCUGGUGAAGCUCUGCUUGCUGAUGCCGUCGGUCCUGACCAGAUUAACGAGAUCGUUGCUCGCUGGACUGGUAUCCCGGUUACUCGACUCAAGACUACCGAAAAGGACAAGUUGCUCAACAUGGAAAAGUACCUGGGCAAGCUUGUGGUUGGACAAAAGGAAGCUGUUGUCUCGGUCUCCAACGCGAUCCGACUUCAGCGCUCUGGCCUAAGCAAUCCGAACGCCCCUCCCAGCUUCUUAUUCUGCGGUCCAUCGGGUACCGGAAAGACACUUCUCACUAAAGCCCUUGCCGAGUUCCUUUUCGACGACCCCAAGUCGAUGAUUCGCUUUGACAUGUCUGAAUACCAGGAGCGCCACUCGCUAAGCCGAAUGAUUGGUGCACCUCCCGGCUAUGUUGGUCACGAUGCUGGUGGUCAACUUACAGAGAGCCUGCGUCGUCGCCCAUUCUCCAUUCUUCUCUUUGAUGAAGUCGAAAAGGCCGCCAAGGAAGUUCUUACUGUUCUCCUCCAGCUUAUGGAUGAUGGACGUAUCACUGAUGGUCAAGGUCGCAUUGUUGAUGCCAAGAACUGCAUUGUCGUUAUGACCUCCAACCUGGGUGCCGAGUUCCUGGCUCGACCCACAACUAAGGACGGUCGCAUUGACCCUCAAACCCGGGAGCUGGUGAUGGGCGCUCUGCGCAACUACUUCCUUCCGGAGUUCCUGAACCGUAUCUCCAGCACUGUCAUUUUCAACCGCCUUACUCGACGCGAAAUCCGCAAGAUCGUUGACCUCCGUCUCGACGAGAUCCAAAAGCGACUCGAACACAAUGAUCGCAACGUUCUUAUCAAAUGCACUGAAGAAGUCAAAGACUAUCUUGGUGCUUCCGGCUACUCGCCCGCCUAUGGUGCCCGUCCUCUCGGUCGGAUCAUUGAGAAGGAGGUGCUUAAUCGUCUUGCUGUUCUCAUUCUGCGCGGCAGCAUCCAGGAUGGUGAGGUGGCUCGAGUUGUCCUCAUCGAUGGUCGCAUUGAUGUGCUCCCCAACCACGAACUGGAUGACACUGAUUCAGAUGGCGAUGAGGACAUGAUGGACUCUGAUGAUGCUCUUGCAGAGAUGGAGGAUGGCAGCGGCGACAUGGAUCUCUACGAUGAGUAA